CUGAAUGUCACCAGAAACUUUUGCAAGCUUUAGGCAAGGAAGAGUUCAGUUUAGGAGAAUAAUCAUUUUAGAUGCUCUGAAGAAGGUUAUUGGACAGAAUGUAGGUUCAUCCAUUCUUUCCAAAGGAGAACCUGAAGGACAAGAACGAGUGGUUUCUGUCUGGUGUAGACAUUUAUUUGACAUUGUCCCUCUUGCCUGAAAAGAGGUGAUUAAAAUUGGCACUUGCUUCAAGGAGUGAAAAACAGAUCUUAUUCCUUGUCCCUCAGCCAUCUUAAUUAUAAAUCAUGGAGGAUCAAGAUAAAACAAUUGAUGGUGAAGAAUUGGAACCAUCAGCAGGAGUGAAUCACACAGCUUCUACAUAUCAAGAAACACAGGACGAAACAGUUAUGAACAUCAAAGUUGUAGAUGGAAAUGAACCAACAGAAGGAAGUAACCUUUUGACUAGCAGUGAAAAAAGGCUACAAGAACCACCAACUGAAUCAAAUCGUUUUCAAAGACUAAGGCAAACAUUCGCUUGCCCUCCACGUGGUUCACUGGAUAGAGUAAUAACAAAUGUUACCAUCGUUGUUCUUCUGUGGGCUGUAGUUUGGUCAAUCACCGGCAGUGAAUGUCUUCCUGGAGGAAACCUGUUUGGAAUUAUAAUCCUUUUCUAUUGUGCCAUCAUUGGAGGUAAACUUCUGGGGCUCAUUAAGUUACCUACACUGCCUCCACUGCCCCCUCUUCUUGGCAUGCUCCUUGCUGGGUUUCUCCUCAGAAAUAUCCCUGUCAUCAGUGAUAAUGUACAGAUCAGGCACAAGUGGUCCUCCUCUCUGAGAAGCAUAGCCCUGUCUGUCAUAUUGGUCCGUGCUGGCCUGGGGCUUGAUUCAAAGGCUCUGAACAAACUGAAGGGUGUUUGUGUACGGUUGUCCAUGGGUCCUUGCCUUGUGGAGGCUUGUACAUCUGCUCUUCUUGCCCACUUCCUGUUGGGUUUACCGUGGCAGUGGGCAUUUAUACUGGGUUUUGUCUUAGGUGCUGUCUCUCCAGCUGUCGUGGUGCCUUCCAUGCUCCUUUUGCAGGGAGGAGGCUAUGGUGUUGAAAAAGGUGUCCCGACCUUACUCAUGGCUGCUGGCAGCUUUGAUGACAUUCUGGCCAUCACUGGCUUCAACACAUGCUUGGGCAUGGCCUUUUCCACAGGCUCUACAGUUUUUAAUGUCCUCAGAGGAGUUUUGGAGGUAGUAACUGGUGUGGCAACUGGAUCUCUCCUUGGAUUUUUUAUUCAGUACUUUCCAAGCAGUGACCAGGACAAACUUGUGUGGAAGAGAGCAUUCCUUGUUUUGGGGCUCUCUGUGCUAGCAGUGUUCAGCAGCGUGUAUUUUGGUUUCCCUGGGUCAGGAGGACUGUGUACAUUGGUCAUGGCUUUCCUUGCAGGCCUGGGAUGGAGCAGCAAAAAGGCAGAGGUUGAAAAAAUUAUUUCAGUUGCCUGGGACAUCUUUCAGCCUCUUCUUUUUGGACUGAUUGGAGCAGAGGUAUCUAUUGCAUCUCUCAGACCAGAAACUGUAGGCCUUAGUGUUGCCACCCUGGGCAUUGCAGUAUUGAUACGAAUUUUGACUACAUUUCUGAUGGUGUGUUUUGCUGGUUUUAACAUAAAGGAAAAGAUAUUUAUUUCUUUUGCAUGGCUUCCGAAGGCCACAGUGCAGGCUGCAAUAGGCUCUGUGGCUUUGGACAGAGCAAGAUCACGUGGAGAGAAACAGUUAGAAGAAUAUGGAAUGGAUGUGUUGACAGUAGCAUUUUUGGCCAUUCUCAUCACAGCCCCCAUUGGAAGUCUCCUGAUUGGUUUGCUGGGCCCCAGGCUUCUCCAGAAAGCUGAACAUCAAAAUAAAGAUGAAGAAGCUCAAGGAGAGACUUCUGUACAAGUUUAGAGGUGAAAAGAGAGAAUGCUGAUUAUAAUGGUUAGAAAGCUGUUACCAGAGGCUACUUUUAUCCACAUGACUAUUGAAAUAUGUAAUGUUUAAGCUUAAAAUGUAAUAGAACCAAAAGUGUAGCUAUUCCUUCAAACAGCAUUUUUAGCCAUUACCAUUUCCAUGUGUUUUCCUUUAAAACUUCACCAUCUUCCAGUAAGUAUCACUGCAUGUCCAACCUGAUCUACCUUCCUUGUUUUUUUCAAAUACACUUUCAUCACAUAUCUUAAUUUGUAUAGGGACAUAUACACUUUAAUGUACUAUCAUAACUUAAAAUUAACAUGCUAAAGAUCCAGUUCAGAAUCCUGUUCUGCUAGCCAACAGCUUGCUGUGACUUAUUGUCAUAGGGUCAUUACUCGUGAUCACCUAGCCUCUCAUGCCUUAAGUUGGUUUUGGCUUCUCUUUUCUUUUUUGUUCUUAAAAAACCAUAAUGCAAUCCCUCAUCAGUUUCUACCCUCACUUUGCCUGUUUAUCUGCCUCUUCUCCAUUUCUGUCCCUCUUAUUGUAACGGAUUGAUCCCACCAAAAUUUCAAAGUUCACAAAGUAUCUUCAUUGGUUCUUCUUGUGCCUAUCUAGAUGACAAAAGACCUUAGCCUGUCUCCGAGCGAGCUACACAGGGGCCCAUCUGAGUUUGCCUCCCCUAAGUAGUGCCCUGUCCAGCCCUUUCUUAUUUGUUUCUUGUGACCCACAGCUUCAGGCUCUCCCUGUUCUCAAGGUGAGGAAUAGCUCAAUUUCAAAUUUUUGUCAACCUCAUGAAUAUCACAUUAAUUAGGAUAAGGUAAGCUGCUACUAUAAUAAACAAAAAAUACAGCACUUAAGAAAAUAGAAAUUUACUUCCCUCUCCUAAAACUGGCCGACUGGUUGAUGCUGACAGGGCUAGUCUGCUCAUGAGGUAAGUCAGAGGCCCAUGUCUUUUGUCUGGAGGUUCUGCUGCGCCCUAGCUUAGGACACGGCGUGUCUCGUUUCUAGCAUUCAGGAAGAAGGAAGAAAGUAAGUCCAAGGCAAGCAAUUUAUUUUUAAGGAAGUGAUAUGGAAGUGGACGCAUGUCUCCCUUACAUUUCGUUGGUGAUGACCACGCCAGCUGUGAGGAGGCUAGAAGCACAUUCCCAUGGGGAAGGAAAGAUCAGGUUUGGGAGCCAGCGGUACUGUUGUGUUGGGAGUUACCAUCACUUAGGAGCAUAUUCAUGUAUUUUAACAAGGGCUUUCCAAAGAUAGUACCUUUAACCAAAAGAGUGACUUCCGUGGCAGGAACUUCCUCCAUUGUGACAUGCCAGCAGAGAAGAUACUAGAAGAAAGACUUUCCUGCACAGGUCACACUUUUUCCCACUGAUUCAACAGAUUGUCUCUGCUUUUGUAUAUCACUCAUAAGUUCCUCUUUACUCUAGGUCAACUCCUGCCUAGUUGCUAGAAUAAUCAUGUUCAAAUACAGUUCACAGCUUUUGUCAUGUUGUUUAUAUACCCGAAUCAUUUAAUACUUGUUAUAUCCCUUCCAAACUCUUUAACCUAGGAUUCAAAGUUCUAUCUAAUCUUGAAGUAGAUAUUAAAUAUGUAUUAAAUGAAUGGAUUAUGAAUAUUUUAAUCCACCAAACUGAUCUGCAUAAAGCCUAUCCACUUGUCUCUUGUCACUAGACUAUCAUUCCAGCCCCUUCAACCAUGACUUUCACCUCUAUUCAAAACUAGCUUAAUUGUUUUGUUGUUUUACUGGUUCGUUUAUUUUAUUCUUUAGAUUCCACAUAUGAGAUCACAUGGUAUUUUUCUUUCUCUGUCUGACUUAUUUCGCUUAGCAUAAUACCCUCUAGUUCCA